CGAAGAUGGAGGGAGAUUUUUGAAGUCGAAGCAGUCGAACGAUAAGAUUUGCAAGAGAAAGCGCAAUUUGAAGUCGUUACGGAGAAUCGACGUAACAAGGAACAAGAUCGUACAAAUCAACCGCCUUCUAACAAGCCACAUUAACCUCAAGUGAUUUCUAUUUUCUUACGAACGCGCGAAAGAAGUAAUUAGUGUGUUUAUAUCGACGUAAAGGGGAAGGAAAACAAAACGAGAAAAAUAUUCCAAGAGCUUAGGUUCAAGAAGAAGAAGCCGAAGAAGAAGAAGAAGAAGCAGAAGACAAAGGAUUAAGAGCUAUAGUAUCUAAUUUAGUGUACAAAGUAUAUCUGAAGUAAAUAACAAAAAGUAAACAAAAAAAAAAGUCCGCCAGUGCCAAAUCGAAAGACGAAAGGGAAACAAGUACGUUAAGCGAGCAAAAAAAAAAAAGAGGAAAAGGAAGACAAACGAACAAAACAAGCAAAAACAGAUAAACGCUGAAACGAAACGAAAGAUAGUAUAAAAAAAAAAACUGCGCGAAAAGGGGGAAAACCGUAAACCAAAGAAUCUACCAUUUCAUUUUUCUACUAAUCACUCAGCAAGUAACGAUACUCACUAACCAGCGAGGAGCGCGCGUAGCGACGACGCGCCGCCGAUCUCUUCGCGAGCAGAAUAUAAAUUAAGAGCAAACCGACCGACAAAGUUUUUCUAAGCUAUAUAGAAGUUUUACGUAAUUAAGCAGUAAGUAAGGGUUAACGAUUUUAGGAAAAGGCAAAAAAAGGAACAAAAAAAAAAAAGAAAAUAAAGAAAACGGACGCACCCACUGAGAGCGAGUGUCUAUCGAGAAGAAGGAGUGUCCCAUCCAAAGCGAAGAGCAGACGGAGAGAACGCAGGCCGCCCUUUAUAUCCAGAGACACACGGGGGACUCGCGCAUAAUUACUCCCAGUGAAACCGAUCUACUUCAGUUCGUAGCCUAAACCUGUUGAGUACAAACGACAGACAUAGAGUUAUAGAGAAAGAGAGAAAGCGAGAGAGAGAGUGAUAAAGGUAGGAAGAGCAGUUGCGAGAGAGUGUGAGCAAAAGUGACGACGAGCGAGAGAAGAGAGGAAGAGGGCGAUCCUUUGGAGAUUUCGAUCCCGAUCCAGCCAGAUGUCAGGGUGCCGAGAACGGUCGAUCCCGCGAACGAGCGUUCAGUCACGAUCCUAGACGAGGGGAGGGUCGAGAGAUCGUGUCCCCGCGGAAGAGAGGUCCUAGACAGCGAACGGAGACAACGAGGCAACCUAGAGGAACGGUAACGCGAACCUCCUGCGAGCAGGGGGCUCGAGUCGCGAUGACGCGGCGGGGAAGAUGAGCGCCGAGGUAACGAAGGAGGUCGGCGCCACCGAGAGGGUAGCAGGCAGCCCUCCGGCGGCGGUAGCGACCUCGCCGAGCUCGGUCGGUCCGGGUGAUCCGGCGCGGCACCUGCCGCCGUUCAGCAGCUUCGCCGGGGACAACGCGAUGGACAGCUCGACGACAUUGACCACGCUUCAUCCCCAGGACGUUGGACUGGGUCUUACGUCAUCCUGGGACUACUACGAGGGACUGACCGGCCGACUGAUCGACUCGAGGGGAGAGGUGGUGCUCGCCAGCCAAUACAGGCCCUGGGAGUCGAAGAACGCCGCCGGCGGCGCUGGGCCCGGCGAGGGUCUGCCCAGCUUCGCCAGCCAAUUCACCGCCCCCAGCGAAGCGGAGCCCCAAUUGACGGCCCUGACGCCACUGUCCCCAGCCUCGAUAUCUCAUUCGCCUCCCGUCACGUCCGCGGUCGGGCUGCCGAGCUUCCACACGCUCGGCACACCGUUGCCCGCUCCUCAUCCGCACAGAGGCAGCGUCGGCUAUCCCCUGGUGCCCGCGCCCGUCCAAGCCAGAGAGGUUCCCGCCCUUCAGCAGCAGCUACUAGACGAAAGGCACAUACAAUUGCUCGGAUCCAGCCCCGUGCAGGCAUUCCCGCCCCCGCCACCGGGACAUCCCCAUCACACCGUGCUCACGGUGGUGAAACCGGAGUACCCGCAGUUGCAUCACACCAACUUCCAGAACCCGAUGUCCACGGUCCUCGACUCCACGCCCACGUCCAGACCGAUCGGCAUCGACGGCCGCAAGAAGGAGCGCAGAAAAAUACGCGCCGGCUCCAUGGAGUCGGAGGACAGCGCCGGAGCCGGGAACGUCGAGAGUUCCGGCCAGGUGGCCGCGGUAUCCUCCACCGCGAACCGCGGACCCCAUCACCUCAGCGGAGGGAUGACCGACCCUGACGGUGACGGCGGUCUCAGCGACAAACCGGCCAAGAAGAAGCGCAAGAGAUGCGGCGAGUGCAUCGGAUGCCAGCGCAAGGACAAUUGCGGGGACUGCGCGCCCUGCAGGAACGACAAGAGUCAUCAGAUCUGCAAGAUGAGGCGGUGCGAGAAACUCACCGAAAAGAAGCACCUGUACCAUCUGCAAACGGGCGAGGGUGCGUUCAGAGAGAGGGGGAGGGGCCGAGGCAAAGGUGCAACGAGGAGCUAUCGAAAGAUCGCCCGGCAAGUCAGCACGCCGGACAGCGCACCUGCAGGCCUAGGCAGUCCACAGGCUGGCAUAGGCGGAUUGCAGCAGCAUCAGCAACAAGCGCAACAACAAACGCAACAGACGCUCCAUCAACCGGAUCCCAUGCAGCAGUCCAAGGACAACCUGAAUCCCGCGGCGAACCAGCAAACCGGGGCCCUUAGAAACGGAAAUCCCCCGCCUCCUGUCGUUUCUAUGUCACCGGGAGUGAUGCCAUUUUACGGCGACACCAGCGCCGGUUUCCGGCCAGCAGCUGGUUUUGGGAACACCGUUUGGCACCAGGGAGUUACUCCCGUGGGAGCAGUUGCGGUUGAAACGUCAGCAGCACCAUGGCCACCUCAGCAGUUCAUUCAACAAAUUCCGGCUCCGAACCAGCUCGAAGAGCUGAGGUAUCACACCCAAUACACCGCUGCCGCGUCGUACCAUCCGCAGCCAGUCGCAUAUCAGCAGCAGACUUUCAUUACAACGGAUCAGUCGGCGUUUCAACGCGCCGGGGCGACAGGACAAUACACAAUCACGGGGCAACCCUCGCCCUUGCCACCGGUCGCCCCACAAACGGUACCAUCGACAGCUCAGAGGCCACUAAACGGUCAAUUCAUGGAUCCAGCUGCUACUGCGACCCAAUCAGUCGGUUAUGAAAGGCAGGAUUACGUCAAUGGUUACCAACAACAGGACGUGACGAUGGCACCGCCACCUUCAACCACCCCCACGAGUCGUAGUAGCUCGGUGCAUAUGGAUAACCAGCAGCAACAGCAGACCUCCCAGCAGCCGCAGUCGCAGCCCCAGCAACCCCAGACGGACACGCAGGUGAAGGGAUUUGCGACGAUCGCAGCCAGCAACGUGUCGGGAAACGAGAUGCCUGGGUAUCCACUUCAACCGGGCCCACAGAGUUUACACAACUCUAACGGAUAUCCAGGCUACGUGGAAAUGGGUCAGCAACAAGUACAGAACCAAUGGCAAUCGCAAGUGGCUCAGCAACAGUCGCACCAGCAGCAGCAACAGCACAUGCAGCGGCAGCACUCGGUGCCGGACGGUGGUCAACGACAUAUAUGGUCCGACACCAGUACCGGCACGAAGAUAAACGACGCGAACAACAGCAUGAACUGGUCGGAUGGGACGUUGCAACAACAGCAGCACCAGCAACAGAAACAGCAGCAGCAGAGUAUGCAGAGUAACAGUAUGAAAGCGCAAGAGCAGCAGCAGCAGCAGCAACAAAGCAUGCAGAUGCAGGGUCAGCAAGAGCUGCCCAGGCCGGCCAGCCACAUGAGUUGGGAGACUAGCAGCGUCAAGGAGCCGCAGACGUCGCAAUCGUGGUCAGACAAUACCGAUAACCAGCAGCAACAAACUCAGGGAAACUGGUCCCGGCAAAGUCCAAAGCUGAGGGACAACCAGAAUCCAAGAUUGACACCCUCUAGUCAACAACAGUCUCAGCAUCAAGGGUGGCUACAACAUUCUCCGAAGUUGUCGGACCAUCAGCAGAAUCCGUCUCACCAGAACGCCAGGAUGACGCCAUCCGGCCAGCACAAUUGGCAGCAAAGUAGUUCAGAGAUGCAGGCGCAACAGAACUCGGUUCAACAGAAUCCGAGGUUAACGCCGUCUGGUCAGCAGAUCACGCAACAACAACAACAGCAGCAACAGCAGCAGCAGCAACAACAGGCGCAGCAACAGUGGUCGCAACAGACAAAAAUCGAGAAGAAUCCCAGACUUACGCCGUCUAAUCAAAUGUCCUGGCCAGACACACCAACUAGUCAACCCAAUUGGUCGCCGAACAGUAUAAAGAGCGACAGUAGUCAGCAACCUCAGCAACAGUGGCCAGACUCUCAGCCUAGUCCGAGAAGAACGCCCAGUCACCAGUCGGCCGCCUGGCAGACCCAGCCGUCCGCCCAGGAGAACAAAAUGGAGAACCAGAUGUCCUGGUCGCCGAAUUCGGUGACGGAGAAUCAGCCGACCUGGGGCCAGCAGGCGACCAAGCAAGACAUGCAGAACUCCGGGGAAAGAGUACUUUGGCAACAACAAGCGACGGAUACCGGCAAACCGAACGGGUUUUCAGAUAAUCAAGAUGCUCAGGAGAGUAACGUAUUUGCUCAAUCUAACCGCGUAAAUUUAAACAGCCGACUGAAAUCGAUGAUACUAAACAAGCAACAGCAACAGCAGCAACAACAACAACAACAACAACAACAGCAGCAGCAACAGCAACAACAACUGCAACAUCAACAGAUGCAGCAGCAGCAGCAGCAACAGUCCCAGCAUCAGAUGGGCCAUCAAGAACAACAACACCACAAUUUGCACCAUCAAAUGCAGUCUCAGCACGUGAACAGUAACAACGGAACGAACGGGGACUAUCACACGGAGGAUCGGAUACGAGACUCGCACGAGAACGCGGAUAAACUUCAAGAGAAACAAGCGGAUCAGUAUUUAAAUCAAUCGAACAUCAUGGCGCCAUCAAACGAAUCUUUGACCGGUAAUUUUUUAUUGCAUAGCCACCACCCUCGGGUCGAUAGUUUGCCCGAUGGUGGUGGCUUAUGGGAGUGGUCAGGAGGAGGUAACGCGUUAAAUAACGGUAGUGUACUGUCGGAGAACGGUAUAACGGCCAUCGAGAGUUUCAUUCAGUUCGGCUCGGAGGAGAAGACCGCGCAUCAGAAACCGUGCGACAAGCGACAAGAACCGCAGCAACAGUCUCAACAGCAACAGUCGCAGGGGCAGCAAGAGUUGUGGAAAGAGGCAAAUAAGAGUGAUGACAAUCAGACUAUCGACGACAAGUCCUUUCAGAGGGAGCUGGGCAUAGAGAGGGCCGACGAAAGGACUUUCGACAAGUGUCAGAAGAACGUCGAGAAGAAGACGGACGAAACGGGGAGCGGUUUCGAGUUUCCGGAGACGCCACGAGUAGCCCUGAUCACCGAGGGCGAUCAACCGUUCGUCGAGAGCACCGACAAACCAGCGUCCACGGACGCGAGCAGCCUGAACUGCGACUCUUCUCAGACCAUCAAGCAAGAGAACGUCGGCGAUUACGGCUGCUCGGGUUCCGAAUGCGUCCCGUCGCCAGCAGCUUCCUCGAAGAGCGAGGGUUGCACGCCGAAGGAGAUAAAAAUCGAGCCGGACCAACGAUUGCACGAGGACUCCUCCGACUAUAAGUUCCGUGGCGACGGUGGACCAGCGAAAGUCUCGCCUGGCGUCGGUUCGUGGUGUUGUCGAAGAGGCGGUACCGAGCAACCGACCCCCGAACAUCUGCGCGAGGGUUGUUGCCAAGGUCUACAAACGAGGGACGAGAUACUGGCCGACUCGCCCGACAAGUCCGACGUAAAGAACGAAGGUCCGCAAAGUCCAAGAACCGGCAACGUACCAUCGACGACAAAACUGCAAGAUCACUUGGACAAACUGAAGAACAAUGUCAGGACCGAAGUGCCGGAGUGCAACUGCUUCCCCGCCGACAAAUGUCCGCCAGAGCCCGGCUCGUACUACACUCACCUCGGGGCGGCUGCAAGCCUGCCCGACCUACGGAACGAUCUUGAAAGAAGAACCGGCCUUAAGGGAAGCGCUAUAAGAUUCGAAAAGGUCAUCUACACCGGAAAGGAGGGCAAAACGACUCAGGGAUGUCCUAUGGCCAAGUGGAUCCUACGACGAUCUGGUGUGGAAGAGAAGAUCCUAACUAUAGUAAAACAUCGUCAAGGACACAAGUGUCCGACAGCCUGGAUCGUCGUGGCCAUGGUUGCUUGGGAAGGCGUGCCGACCCACGAAGCCGAUCGGAUCUACUCCCUGUUGAGCCACAAAUUGAAUCGAUUCGGUCUUCCCACGACCAGGAGGUGUGGAACGAACGAACCGAGGACUUGUGCUUGCCAGGGACUCGAUCCUGACAGUUGCGGCGCAAGCUUCUCCUUCGGGUGUUCCUGGUCCAUGUAUUAUAAUGGUUGCAAAUACGCCAGAAGCAAAACCGUCCGUAAAUUUCGAUUGUCAGUGCGAUCAGAGGAGCAAGAAGUCGAAGAAAGAAUGCACGUCCUAGCAACACUGUUAUCACCUCUGUACCUUAGCCUAGCACCGGAAGCUUUCAACAAUCAGACUCAGUUCGAACGGGAAGCGAGCGAGUGCCGUUUAGGAUUCAAACCUGGCCGACCGUUUUCUGGUGUCACGGCCUGCAUCGACUUUUGCGCACAUUCUCAUCGCGAUCUCCACAACAUGAACAACGGAUGUACCGUGGUGGUGACCGUAACGAAACACCGGUCUCUAUCCAAACCCGAAGACGAACAAUUGCACGUGCUUCCCCUUUACAUUAUGGACACCACGGACGAGUACGGAUCGAAAGAGGCACAGGACGAGAAGGUUCGCGCCGGCGCUGUAGAAGUUUUAACAAAGUAUCCCUGCGAAGUCAGAGUCCGAUCGGUUCCGCUCCAACCCUGUAGACGACACGGCAAGAAGAGAAAAGAAGACGAGCCGGACACAGUGAGCAAUAAGAAAGACGGUUCGAAGGGUACCAGCGAGAAAGUGUCAGAGCCGAGUCGUGUACCGGGACAUCAAGAACCACCGAGACCGCAAAUGAGAGAUCCGCAACUGUCCCUGGAAAUGGCGUCGAUGUUCGAAGGGAUGGACGCGCAGCUGCAGAGCUCUCAGGUAUCCUCUACCGUUCUAGACAGUCCGGUGUCCAUGUAUCAAGGUUGGGGUUGUCAGAACGAGCAACAGUGGGGUAGGAACGGUUGGCUCGACCAGCGAAAGAACAACUGGUUGAACCCGUGGGGCGAGUAUUCGUUCGGCGGUUUGGAGAGAGACGUGAAGGUUGACCCUGAUAGCACGAGUUUGGACGAUACGAGGCCUAGAAGCGCGGUUUCUCAGGACGAGCAUCGACCAGGCUCGCGAAAUUUGCCCAACUCCACCAUGGACUCGCCAAGGAAUUGCUAUCCGCAAUCGCCGAGGGGCCACCCCAUAUCGCCGAGGAGUUCCCACGCGGGAACGCCCGGGGAUGUCGCGUACUCUAUGUCGCCCAGAGGUUGUCCCUCGACGCCUCAAGAUCAGAAAAUGACCCCGGCGAGGGGCUACCCGGAAACGAGCUACACCCAUCCACCAGCACCUAGAAAUUAUCCGAACGUCUACGACAACAGACAGGGCAGCGCGUCUCCGAAGACCAGCUGUCCAAGUUACCCGCCACACUUGGAUCAAAGGGGCAUGUUCGUCCGCGCGAAUCAGUCGCACAACGCAAAUUUCCGCAACGUUGGACAGGGUUGCGAUCAAUCGAAGUUAUCGUUCUCGAAACCGGCGCAAGAUUCUAGUCAGCAAAAGUACCCCAUGACGCAGAACUACUUGGAGGCACAGAAGUCGCAGGCGGAACAGCAGUACGUGAACAGAAUACAAGGCCACUAUUCACCUCACUCCGUUCAAUCGGCGAGAAACUUUCCGUACCAGGGUCAGCACAACGACUCCAAUGUGGACGUGUUCUCCGGGCUCUCGGUAUCUUCCUGUAUGGACAACGCUAGUCAUAAACCAUUUGGUUCCACGAAUCCGGAGCUCUUGCUUCACGCCUCCCCGCACCUGGCCCAAGGCAAUCCGCAGAACGAUGCCCACGCGUUAGGAUCGAUCGAUCAGAGGAAAUAUCGGAUGCAAAAGCUGCCGGAGCAAAAACCACCCGGAAUCAAUCAGAUGUCACCGGCGCCUUCCGAUCAGGCGGGGGGUUGGAACAUGUUGGGAUCCUGGUAUCCCGAGCAAGCCAAGCAAUUCGAACAGCAACAAGCCUAUAGCGAUCAAAUAAACGCCGAGAGGAAUCAGCAACCACCCAUGGACCAUCAGAAAGCGUUGAAUUGGAACGAGAGGAUACCGCAUCCGGAUCAAUCGAAACCACACAGCUGGGAAACGCCCACCGAUCCUUCGCCGUUCCGAGUACCAAAGGGCAGACCGCCGUCGCGGACAGCGUCCAACCAGAAUCCGACCACGGACAAUACAUAUCAAAAUUCUUCCAACAGAACGUUCCUGAAGCCUCAGGAGCCGGCACGAGCCGGCAUUUACGCGGACAGUCCGAGCAAUCCGCUGCAGAACAGCGCACCGAUGCAUCAGAUCAACCAACGGAGACCAGACUGGCCGGACGACAAGAUGAAGGAGGGAUUCCACGACGCCAGACAGAACGUGGCGAAUCCGAACGCGAACUGCUUCCCGUGGCCGGAAGAGAUGAAGCAGGUGCAAGACUUCCACGCGAUGCCGGGCUUAGGGCAUCCCCACGCUUCCUUUCCGCAGUACGGCUACCCGACGUAUCCCGUGUUCGACAAACCGUACUCCAACACUUGGGAGAGCUACAACUACCAUCAACCGUACCACCCCCAAGCGCCGGAGUAUCCGCCGCAGUUCUAUCAGCAACCAAAGAGAGAAGCGUGCUUCCCUUCGCCGCAGUACCCUUACCAAGGAGUGCCCCCCUAUCAGGGUCUGAAUCCUAGCUGGGCCAGGUGGGACACUCCCCGAUGGGACAUAUACGGGCCACCGCCAUACUUCCCGGUGUUACCGGAACCACCGCCAAAGGCCGAGCCGCUUGGCGAGGUCGCCGACUACUCCGACAACGAGGAGUGCUUCAAGGAUUCGCAGAUGGGCGGCGUAGCGAUAGCCCUGGGCCAUGGUAGCGUCCUGUUCGAGUGCGCCAAGCACGAGAUGCACGCUACCACGGCCCUGAAGAAGCCCAACCGUAUCAGCCCGACCAGGAUCAGCUUGGUCUUCUAUCAGCACCGCAACCUCAACAGACCCAGACACGGUUGGGACGAAUGGGAGGAGAAGAUGCGACUGCGGAAGUUAGGCGUCACGGCCGCCACCACCACGACCACGGCGUCCACCACGUCGCAAUCGCUGUCGACGUCGUCGACUCCCGCCAGCCCUGCCAGCGCGACCACCACCGAGAAGAUAACAACGCCACUUCCUCGCGUACCCAGCGUACCCAGCUCGCAGUUCAUGAUGAGAUCGCCCACGUACACCACGAUGACCUGGACGACGCUCUUCCCCAUGCAUCCGUGCAUGAUAACUGGCCCGUAUCAGGAGGGUGGGGCCAUUGGAUGAGUGAUCGUCGGGGGGCACGGUUCCAGCCAUCGAUGACCACGAACCGUGCCAGGAAUCGAUCGAUCUCGUCGCUGAACGGAGCAACACGAUCAUCAGCCACGCGACACGCACGACUGAGGACCAGUCGAACGUUCGGUGUGAAACACAUGAGGUAAAUCACGCGAACGAGCAAGACGGUACGAACCUCCCCCGAAGGGAUCGAAGACCACACGACAGAACCGUCACCACGAAGGGCUAUCCACGAGCCGUCGACGUCGUCCUAGAUGUGUAUAGUUAUUUACCGACGAAGCGAAGACAUACGUUUGCACUGCCAUUUUUCUAUUCCACGUUUUUUCGGAAGAACAUAAACGUUAAACGCAAGCGGAACGAGAAGGGGACACGAAGAAUACCCGAGGAACGGGAACCACGGAUUCGCACGGAUGAACGUCGCAGGAUACAACUUUAAUCGGGGCUUCCCUUUUUAUAUCGAUCUUUUACACGAAAUCACGGGUAGAAUCGAGAUCCGUGCGUUGCAGACCGACGUGACAGAAAGGAUGAUGGAACAAAGGAGACGAAAUGGUAGAAAGAGGUGACAGGCGCGCGAGGCACGUUGAAAAGAAAAAAUAAUCGUGAUCGAGGCUGAUUCACUGGACGAAAUGAAACGCUGCGUCUUGUCGCGCGGUAAAGACAUUGACAGAGUAGAAAACGAGAGAAUAUGGAUGAACGCAAGAGUAACGAGGGGAAAGAGGAGGAACGAAGCGUAUCCAAUUGUACAUUUUUAAAUGGUUUCGUGUUGGUAGAGUCGUAAUCGUAUUUAGCUAGUCCAAGCCUAGAUGACAAACAUUUCGCAACGUUACGCAGAGGAAGCAGACAUGUACGCUGACGAUACGUGCGCGCUGGUACAAAUUUUUGUACAAAGCCCCAUCCACUUUGUAUAGUCGUGCAGAGAGGCCGAUCGUCGAUCUCUGCCAUUUUAUAACACGUUCUCUAUUGUUUUUUUUUUUUGUUUCGUUUUUAAUACGUAAUAGCGUGCAUCAUCGACACCGUAGAUUCAUCAUACCACUCCAAACCCUCGAAAAGCGUUAGUUUCGAAUCGAUUCUUUGUAAAAGUCGUUUGCACAAUCUCGACGGAGACUCCGCGGCCAAGUGUGCCGUGUAUCACCACGAACAUUACACGUAUACGUACACACACACACACACACACACGCACACACACGAACACACGAAAAUGAUCUCAAGUUUUUAAGGUAAUCGAUUAAACGGUAAUUAUCAACGUUUAAUUAUUCUUUUUUUUUUCAUUCAUUCACUCGCAACAUCUCUCUCUCUCUCUCUCUCUCUCUCUUUUUUGUUUUCGUUCGCCUAUUGUACAUUGCGCUUGUUAAUCAUCGUAUUUAUUUGUAAUUCUGCACGUGUUUGCACCCGUAGCUCUUAUUACUGUGUACCACGUACUGAUUAAGAACGAUAUUCAACGGAGAGACACGCGCGAUUAUUAAUUACUAACAAUUCUCGUCCUUCGGGUCGGCUGAGUACAAAGCAUCUUUCUAACUAAUCACCCGAGCGACAAAACGAUAAACGAGCAACCAAGCGAGCGAGCAAGCAAACAGGGACGCGAUAGAAUGCAUCUCGUUGUCGUCUUCUUCGUCAGCUACGUUCUUCCGACUGUUUUUCCAAGCCUUUUAGAGUCUAGCUCGAUCCCCGGUCCGGGCGGCGAUCGAAUGGGAUUAUUAUUCGUCGCGGUGAUCGCGGGAUCGCUCUUCGUAGCCUUCCGUGCGGGGGCGUAAUCUCUGCGAGCGAUGAUGAGGACACGCGUAUAAGGAUAUUUCGCGGAUGGCGGCCAAGUGAAUCCGAAGGUUCGACGCGAACGCCCCAGAAUCCGAAGAACUCGCGGAGCCAAAACGAUCCACGCGUUCGCGCGUCGUUCGAACCUGAUCCCUGUUUUCCUGUAAAUAAUCUAGCUGCGACUUGCGUUGCGACUUCCCUCCCAUCCACCCCCCAAACAACCAUACCCCUUUCAAUCUUAGACCUACAUGUUUUUUCUUUUUUGUUCUUUUUAUCGCGUUUUAACCUUUGUUUCUUAUUUUGUAAUCAUUUGUCAUUAGCGAUCGAUAGGGAUUAAGGAUCAAUAUUACCGUCGUCGGUAGCAAGCGAACAGAAGGAGGUGAAUGAGAACCGGGACGCGUUAGAAGGGUGGCGAGACCAGCUUCUCUGUCCGUUGACGACGACGAUUUAUUUAUUCGUUCGCGGGAUAAUCGUUUCUGGUUUCGAUGGUCGCGCGUAAAACGGGAUCACCACGGGGCUCCGUUUCCUCUUUUGCCUUUCGAACGUUUCGACGCGCCACGGACCGGAAGUUCGGUCGUCGCGCACGCGUGUGCAGGGGGUCUCGAGAAGACAGUAAGAGAGGGUGGUUCGAGGACGAUACGACACCGAAUCGACAGGCGCGAGAAGGGAGAAGGGAACUAAAAUGACGCGUCCAACGACCCUCGCCCAUCGGAGUAUUAUAAGAAUCAUUAAUAUAUUAUCAUUCAUUAUUAUCAUAAUGUAGUAAUAAUAAUAAUUAUUAGCGGCAAACAAUAAUAAUUAGUAAUAUAAUCUAAUUUAAUCGAUUAUUUAUUGAUUAAGUUUUCGAUGAAACGCGUUGUUCUAUUGUAUUUGCUAUUCUAUUUUUCAUUGAUGUUUGUUUCACUUUUGGACGACCAACUCGUGAUCGAGUCGAAAGUGUACACCGAGCCUUUUAUCUGGUUCAGUUUUCGUCGUAUGUCCGGUUCUUUUCUAUUGUUCGUCCCUUUUAUUCCGUGACUAACAAAGAACGAAAAUAUCGUUUCGCGCGCCUUUUUAAACGCUAGUCGUCCCUCGUAUAAUUUUGUUCGUUUUUUUCUUCCCUUGUAUUGUUCUUUGCUUUAUCGUACGGUGGACCUUGUUCGCUAGAAUUGCAAUCGUUCCUCGGUUUUAACGCGCGACUCCGGAGUCCCUAGGUUGUAAAAGCAAAAGAAAAAUCGUGAAUCGACGGUCGAUCGUCGGUAAGGACACUAUUUUUUAACACGACGAGUACCGUUCUUCGAUCAGUCCCCCUCGAGAACGAGAAUCGAUCUCAUUCAGUCAAUUAAGAAUCUCCAAAUAGAAAGAAAAAUCGCGCUGAUACCGCAGUGACCGCAAAGCACGUUUUCCUCGAUUCAAAGAAUCGCUCUGAAAAAAAAAAUCUAAGCUAGGUUCGACGUCCAUUUUCUUUCUUCUUGCAGGCGAACGUUUCGAUCGCAACUCUUCUUGUUUCUUAUUCGCUGUUCGCUAGAACGAGCACGUUUGUCCUCGUUAUUUCCGGCUUGAAUUUUGUCGAAGAUCUUCCUCGAGCAAAGGUUACCGAAAAAUCACACUUUAACAAACGAUUUCAUCGCGAAGACGGUUCUCUCACGGUUUCGAGAACGCUCGCGCCAGAGACAGGGAGAUUUCAUUUCCGAAUCACGAACGAAACAAGUUCGUUUCAUCAGAAUCCACAAACUUUUUAGCCGAUUUACGAACGAAUCGAAAAUUAGUAUUCGCUAUCCGGAAAUAAAAUCUGCCAUUGGAAACUCUUCGAGGAUAUUUUAGAUUCUUUCGAUCACAGUUUCGAGUUUCUUCGCUCCUUGUAUAAAUCGGAAUAAUCGAUGUUGUAAAUAAUAUUUAGGAGAAUCGUAGACACGCGGUAAAAUUCGUACCGCACGAAUCUUAGUUUUUAGUAUCGAUGAAUUUUGUAUUGACUUUAUGGAUUAUAUUUUGCCCGGUGAUACGGUUAAAUUUAUAUCAUGUGACGGGAAAUUUUAAUAAUAUAUACAACAGACAAUCAAACAUCGUCAAGCAUCCUAUAAUUAAAGUUCUAAUUUUGUUAUCUAUCGAUCAUGAUUUGAGAUUUCUAUCUAGACAUUAUGGCGCCUGUCUCUGGUUUUGGGGCGAUCGACAGCCAAGGAAGAUCCGUGCUCGAAACGCGCUCGUAUUCUUUCUUCCCUCGAUCGCGAUCCACAUUCCGCUCGUAACGUGGUGCUCGGUGGCGAAGCAUUUCCUCUCGACGACUUCCGUAUCGUGCUUGGUUGUGUGCAAGGGGCAAUAAAGGAUUUUCAGGGAGAAUUCGUCGCACGAUCCGCGAACGAAUUGGUCGUGUACUUCCAGCUUGUAAUUAAAGAGAGGAACAGAGAAGCAAACACGAAAGGAAAAUGAUUAAAAUAAAUGAAAAAGGGGGGGAAAUUAAACGAAAGACAAGGGGAAGCUCGUUGUCAUUGCUGUUUCUUGUUUUCUUUGUUUUAAAGAAUUCUUUUAACGAAACGCGGAAACUCGAGAUUUUAACGCGACGAUGCCAAAAUAGUAUUAAAGGUAAUAAUUAGGAGCGUAACGAUGGGAAUUUACUCGUAAAUAGCUGUUAUACGAAUACCGUGUCUCGGGGCUGAAGUAAGUGUGUGUACGAGCGAGAGGAUCGAUUUUUUUUUAACGAGAAUAAUCGAACGUGGGGGCAGGGGGGGGGGGAAGUGAAGG